AUGUCGUUACCUAAUCAAAUUUCACUCUAUCAACAAAAUAACGAAAAGAUUGUGAUGGGUGGCUGCUUAACAAUGCUGAUCACAUCAAUUUGUGCCCUCUGCACCCUGAAGCCAAUCUACAUGCAACUUUAUUGGAUAAAUUCGCUUCUUGUCAAUGGUUUUCUUCUACUUGGAUGGAUUGUCUUCACUAUCGUCAAAUUGCAAGACUAUUGGAGUUCAUCAUCAGCCAACCAGGAAGUACAGGAAAAGAUGCAAGGACGAUUCUAUGAAAGCCUCGUUAUCAUGGCAGUGAUGAGUGUGUUCAUCGUUUGGGGAUGGUGUAUUGCGUAUUCUUUCUACUCAUAUGUCAGAGAUCGGCAACUCUAUUCCGAACAAUAUGUUCCCAAACCGAUCAAUGUCGUCGUUGAGAGUCCGCAAAGUCAAUACCCACAAUUGCUCACGAAAAUGACUUGGUGUUGGCGUCCAGAACGCAUCGUCGAUCGCGAGCCCCUUCCCACCGACUAUCGAUGUUGUUUUGGAUGUUGCACAUCAAAGUGCGGCUUCACUUUCAUCACCGUUGUCAAUCUGGGCAUUGUUGCUUUGGUCGGUUUGCUACUUCUAUCCAGUUUGCUCUUGGGUGGUCCGAUUGUACGGCUCAUCUUCGCCAUCCCAAUCGCUCUGAUGUUUUUGUGGUUGUAUCCUUUUGUGCAAGCCAUUCGAACCGAGAAACCAGUCUACAUGCAAAUCGUCUGGAUUACAAAUCUGAUCUUCACUUCUCUCGGCUUUUUGUACUUCAUCGUCCUGGCGAUCGCUUCUCUGAUUACAAUGAGCACUGCGACAGAUGAUCGGAAAAGAGAGCAAGCCGCCACCCUUGUCGCCGGAGCGAUUAUCCGAGUUGUGUUCGAUCUCUGGAAUCUCUGUCUGAUCUACUCAUUCUACUCAUAUCUCAGGGAUCGCCAGUUGUGGUUGGAGGGUCGUGAAACCUAUAUGCCAAAAGUGCCCCAUCCUCAUCAUAUGGAAAGUGCUCCAAUGUAUGAGCCU